AGCGUCAUCGGCACACGACGGAAGCGAUGCCGGAAGUAGUUCUGCGAGCGGUGCCGGAAGUAGUUCUGCGAGCGGUGCCGGGAACGUUGCUGCCGGUGCGAGGCCAAGCGCGGGAGCCGCCGCCAUGACCUCAGCCCUGGAGAACUACAUCAACCGUACUGUUGCGGUAAUAACUUCUGAUGGAAGAAUGAUUGUGGGAACCCUCAAAGGUUUUGAUCAGACCAUUAACUUGAUUUUGGAUGAAAGCCAUGAACGAGUGUUCAGUUCUUCACAAGGAGUUGAGCAAGUAGUCCUGGGAUUAUACAUUGUAAGAGGUGAUAAUGUUGCUGUCAUUGGUGAGAUUGAUGAAGAGACAGAUUCAGCUCUUGACUUAGGGAACAUUCGAGCAGAACCCUUAAAUUCAGUUGUGCAUUGAAAAGAAGAAAAUGCACAGGGACUUUGUAAAUCUUUGGUUGUACAGACCUAUUUAACAAUGUUCAACAGUUUUUACAAAUUGUGCGUAACUUGUUUAGUCACCAGUUUUUUUAUUAUGAAUAUGUUGUAGUUUCACAUGUAAAUUAAAGUUUCUACAUUUUACUAAA